CUCGUGCGCCAGUCUUCUUGCAGCGGGCGCGCGGCCGGCUGCUUGUUGCAGUGCGCGGUACGAACCAACACACGCGAGUUCGCGGUCAUAGGCUCGAACGAACAUCGAAAUCGACGGUCAGUGCGGUGACCAUGAUGAUGGACAACGGGGUGAUGUCAAAUCACUAUGACGGGUCGUACGCGGAUGGGUACAUGGAACAGGAGGAGGAAUGGGAGCGCGAGGGUCUGCUAGACCCGGCUUGGGAGAAACAACAGAAAAAGACCUUCACAGCAUGGUGCAACAGCCACCUUAGGAAGGCCGGUACCGGUAUUGAGAACAUCGAGGAAGAUUUCCGCAAUGGACUGAAGCUCAUGUUACUGCUGGAGGUCAUCUCCGGCGAGACCCUGCCCAAGCCUGACCGCGGCAAAAUGCGUUUCCACAAGAUCGCCAACGUCAACAAGGCUUUGGACUUCAUUGCCUCUAAAGGCGUGAAACUGGUGUCAAUUGGUGCCGAAGAAAUCGUCGAUGGCAACCUUAAGAUGACCCUGGGUAUGAUCUGGACCAUUAUCUUGCGAUUCGCCAUCCAAGACAUCUCCGUUGAAGAAAUGACCGCCAAGGAAGGUCUGCUGCUCUGGUGCCAACGCAAGACAGCUCCAUACAAGAAUGUCAACGUCCAGAACUUCCACUUGUCUUUCAAGGACGGUUUGGCCUUCUGUGCCCUGAUCCACAGGCACAGGCCCGACCUCAUCGACUACAGCAAGUUGUCCAAGGACAAUCCUCUAGAGAACUUAAACACGGCUUUCGAUGUAGCCGAGAAGUAUCUCGACAUCCCCCGCAUGUUGGACCCCGACGACUUAAUAAACACACCAAAGCCGGACGAGCGCGCCAUUAUGACCUAUGUGUCGUGUUACUACCACGCCUUCCAAGGCGCGCAACAGGUACAAAUGCAGAACACAGCGAUGCCGGACGAGCGUGCGGUCAUGACAUACGUCUCUUCAUACUACCAUUGCUUCUCUGGUGCACAAAAGGCUGAGACGGCCGCGAACCGCAUCUGCAAAGUUCUCAAAGUCAACCAGGAGAACGAACGCCUCAUGGAAGAGUAUGAGCGUCUUGCCAGUGAUCUGCUGGACUGGAUUCGGCGUACCAUGCCGUGGCUGAACAGCCGCCAAGCCGACAACUCUCUUGCCGGUUGCCAGAAAAAACUGGAAGACUACCGUACUUACAGGCGUAAGCACAAGCCGCCACGUGUAGAACAGAAGGCCAAGCUGGAGACGAACUUUAACACCCUGCAGACCAAGCUCCGUUUGAGCAACCGCCCCGCGUACAUGCCCACCGAAGGCAAGAUGGUCUCUGACAUCGCUGGAGCUUGGAAGGGCCUGGAGAUCGCCGAGAAGGCGUUCGAAGAAUGGCUGUUGAGUGAGAUGAUGCGUCUUGAGCGUCUUGACUACCUGGCCCAGAAGUUCAAGCACAAAGCCGACAUCCACGAGGACUGGACCAGAGGCAAGGAGGAGAUGCUCCAGUCUCAGGACUUCCGUCAAUGCAAGCUGAACGACAUCAAGGCUCUGAAGAAGAAGCACGAGGCUUUCGAGUCAGACCUCGCUGCACACCAAGACCGCGUCGAGCAGAUCGCUGCUAUUGCCCAGGAACUCAACACCCUGGAGUACCACGACGUGGCGAGUGUGAACGCUCGCUGCCAGCGUAUCUGCUCGCAGUGGGACCGGCUGGGCGCGCUCACACAGCGCCGCCGCCACGCGCUGGACGACGCCGAGCGCGUGCUGGAGCAGAUCGACCUGCUGCACCUCGAGUUCGCCAAGCGCGCUGCUCCAUUCAACAACUGGUUGGACGGCACUCGGGAGGACCUUGUCGACAUGUUCAUCGUGCACACCAUCGAAGAGAUCUCCGGUCUCAUGGACGCGCACGCUCGCUUCAAGGCCACCCUUGGAGAAGCCGACAAGGAAUACCAGGCGAUAGUCAACCUGGUACACCAGGUUGAGUCCAUCGUGAAACAGCACCAGAUCCCCGGAGGUUUGGAGAACCCCUACACCACUCUUACUGCUCACGAGCUGAACCGCAAGUGGUCCGACGUCAGGCAGCUGGUACCCCAGCGCGAUGGUACGCUGGCCGCCGAGCUGCGCAAGCAACAGAACAACGAGACCCUCAGGCGCCAGUUCGCCGAGAAGGCCAACGCUGUUGGACCCUGGAUCGAAAGGCAAAUGGAUGCCGUUACCGCUAUCGGAAUGGGUCUGCAGGGCUCUCUGGAAGACCAACUGCGUCGUCUCAAGGAGUACGAGGCUGGCGUAUACGCUUACAAACCACAUAUCGAGGAAUUGGAACGCAUCCACCAGGCCGUACAGGAGGGCAUGAUCUUCGAGAACAGGUAUUCGCAAUACACAAUGGAAACUCUGCGCGUAGGCUGGGAACAACUUCUGACUUCCAUCAACCGCACUAUCAACGAAGUCGAGAACCAGAUCCUCACCCGCGACUCAAAGGGCAUCACUCAGGAACAACUCACCGAAUUCCGUGCUUCCUUCAACCACUUCGACAAAAACCGCACCGGCCGCCUAGCGCCCGAAGAAUUCAAAUCAUGCCUGGUGUCUCUCGGAUACAGCAUUGGCAAGGACAGGCAAGGAGAACUCGACUUCCAGCGCAUUCUCGCUGUUGUCGACCCCAACAGCACAGGCUACGUGUCGUUCGACGCAUUCUUGGACUUCAUGACCAGGGAAUCCACAGACACAGACACCGCUGAACAAGUCAUUGACAGCUUUAGGAUCUUAGCUGGCGACAAGCCCUACAUCACGGCGGACGAGCUCAGGCGUGAGUUGCCUCCCGACCAGGCAGAAUACUGCGUGGCGCGCAUGCCACCAUACCGCGGCCCUGGAGCACCCGCCGGCGCUCUUGACUACAUGGCAUUCUCCACCGCAUUAUACGGCGAGACCGACCUUUAAGACACAGGUCGCAGCAGUGGUAUCAUAGGACAUUGUCAUCCACGUCAUCACUCAAGGAGGGUAGCUAAGAUGGCGCGCGCUCACCGCGCUCACUACUAACACACGGCCCGAGGCUCCAGCGGCGACGUAACGGCGCACAAAGAUUAUUUCCAUUACAUUGACCUACCUCUCAAAAUCGCCCUAAACCAAGGUCAAUGUAGAGCAAACAAUUUUUGUGGAAUAAUUUAGUCUAUAAAACAGUUCUAUAUUAAAUAUUAUUAUGUGCAAUGUUCAAACCAAAAAUGCCAUUAACUUUCAUACCAUAAAUCUCCUUCCUAAUGUUUAGUAACCUUUUGGCUCAAAUCAGAGAAAUCAUUUUAUAUGUUUACAACACUCUAUUUAUAUUUACAUUAGCAUUAGGUAUUUUUAACUUUUAUAAGAAAUUCUCAGGGAAGUCACAAAAAAAUUAUUUGUAAGAUAAAAUGGUGCUAAUGUUAGGCUUGACUAAUGUGUGACACCAAAAUAAGACUCAUUUACAUUGUGAGAAUGUUUUUGUUAUAUUUUUUUUAUUUAUAAGCAAACAUUAUUUAUACAAGAUCAAUUUUUAUUUACUGCCAUUAGUAAUUAUAAUACUUUGAUGGUAGGCACAGUAUUGUACUAAGUUUUCUAAAUUUAUAAAUGUUGCAGGGAAGUGUCACACAAAUUAUUUAUAUCAUAGAUUGCCAUAGCUUGCCUGCAUCUAUUUAUUUAUCAUUUUUAUAUGAUUAUCGUUUGUGAGAGUAUUGGAAUGAGUACUCAAAAUAAAUGAUCUGCCAUAUUUUUGUCUUUUAAUAAUGACUGUGUUGUUAAUCCAACCAAUUAUAUUACAAUGAGACAACAGCGGUAUGUAGAAUAAGAAUGACUUAUGUGCCCAAAAGUAUACUAACUCGAAUGUACAGCUACUUUAAUAAAGAGCUCUUAAACAAA